CGGGAACAUAAGCAAACUUUCGCUUCCUGUUCGCCGGUCCUUUUAGUUAUCAAAAUAUUGAAAUUUUUGUAUCGUCGUGCACGGUUGCAUCUAUUUUUUCCUCCUGUUGAGUGUCCUCAAAAUGACAUAUAAGUACCCAUGCAGUCUCCCGAUUACCUUGCUCGUGAUAGUCUCUGUUAUUUUGUCUGCAGAUGGCGAGUUCCGGACUUUGGAUCAUUUGAAACCACAAGCCAGCGACAAAACUCAGACAAGAGCUGUUGCCGAUCUUCUGAAGCGGCAGCUCGGGAAUAGAGCUCGAGAGUUCAUUGUGUCAGUCAACAGAACAUUGGCCAAUGGCAGCCUUGAUGUAUGCGAGAUACGGUCUACAAAAAACAACAAGAUCGUAGCAACUGGGAGCACGGGGGUAGCUGUUGCUACCGGCAUAUACAACUAUCUGAAGUACUUCUGCAACUGUCAUGUGUCUUGGUCAGGCAAUCAGCUUAGCCUUCCACGCCCUCUACCCUCGGUGACCGGGGUUCUGAGAAUCAGCACCCAACACAGGUUCAGGUAUUACCAGAAUGUGUGCACUCAGAGCUACUCCACAGUAUGGUGGGACUGGCCACGAUGGCAGCAGGAGAUUGACUGGAUGGCACUCAACGGCAUUAACCUGCCCCUGGCAUUUAAUGGCCAAGAGGCCCUGUGGCAAGAGGUGUACCUCUCGCUUGGCCUGAACCAGACGGACAUUGACCGGUUUUUCACAGGCCCUGCCUUCCUGGCCUGGAACCGCAUGGGUAACCUAUUCCAGUGGGGAGGCCCGCUGCCUCAGUCCUGGCAUGUCAAGCAGCUCUACCUACAAUACAAAAUUCUGGAUGGAAUGAGAGCAUUGGGAAUGAUGCCGGUCUUGCCUGCCUUUUCAGGGAAUGUGCCUGAAGCCAUAACCAGGUUGUUUCCUAAUGCAAACGUGACCAAGCUGAAUCCAUGGAGCCACUUUAACUGCAGCUAUUCCUGUGCACACAUCCUGGACCCUCGUGACCCCCUGUUCCAGCGCAUUGGUACUCUCUUCCUGUCCCAGCUAGUCAAGCAGUUUGGGACAGACCACAUCUAUAACACCGACACCUUUAAUGAGAUGACGCCCGCCUCCUCAGAUCCCUCGUAUCUGUCUGCAGUGAGCCAUUCUGUGUUCGCCACCAUGACAUCAGUUGACCCUCAGGCGAUUUGGCUGAUGCAGGGUUGGCUUUUUGUUCAUGACGUGGCCUUCUGGAAGCCAGCCCAGAUCCAGGCUCUUCUGCAUGGUGUACCCAUUGGCAGAAUGAUAGUGCUGGACUUGUUUGCUGAGUCCACACCAGCUUUCUCCUCCACCCAGUCGUUCUAUGGACAGCCCUUUAUAUGGUGCAUGCUGCACAACUUUGGGGGCAACAGUGGUCUUUUUGGCACAGUGGAGAGCAUCAACAUGGGUCCGUUUGAGGCUCUGCAGUACCCUAAUUCCACCCUGGUAGGGCUUGGCAUGGCACCGGAGGGCAUUGAGCAGAACCCUGUGGUGUACGAGUUGAUGAGCGAGCUGGCCUGGCGCAAGGAGCCCGUUAAUCUGGGGAAGUGGGUUUCACUGUACGCUGCCCGUCGAUACGGUUGCACCAACGAGAACCUGACCGCAGCUUGGAAGCUGCUUUUUCGCAGUGUCUACAAUUGCACUGUUCCACACUAUAAGAACCACAACCACAGCCCCCUUGUCCACAGGCCCUCAUUGCAAAUGUCCACAGACGUGUGGUAUGACCGUGCAGACUUGUUUGAGGCCUGGAGGCUCCUGUAUGAGGUGGCCCAGCCCCUCAUGAAUGUCGAGACCUUCAGACAUGACCUGGUUGAUGUCACACGGCAGGCCUUGCAGCUGCUGACCACAGAGUUCUACCAGGAGAUCAGGGAUUCCUUUGUGAACCAGAAGAUGCCGGAACUGCUGACAGCUGGUGGGGUGCUGGUGUAUGACCUCCUGCCAGAGCUGGACCGUCUCCUGUCCAGUGAAAGCCAUUUCCUGCUGGGGGUGUGGCUGGAGCGAGCACAUUCACUGGCCUUGACUGAGCAGGAGGUCCAACUGUAUGACCUCAAUGCCAGGAACCAGAUCACACUGUGGGGUCCAGUGGGCAACAUCCUGGAUUAUGCCAGCAAGGAAUGGGGUGGACUGAUGAAGGACUAUUACUCUCAGCGCUGGAGCUUAUUUGUCAAGACUCUGGUGGAGUGUUUGGACAGGGGGCGACCCUUCAAGAAGGAUACCUUCAACCAGGCCGUCUUUCAGGUGGAGCAAGGCUUUGUCUUCAAUCAGAGGAAGUACCCCUCCAAACCCCAAGGUGACACCUAUGACAUUGCCAACAGAAUCUUCCUGAAAUACUAUCCACAGGCCUUGAAAAGGCUACACUGAGCUUUGACUUUGACAAUUCCUUACUGCAGCAAAAAGAAUGUGUUCGCUUCUGUCUUCCUGGUCGGAUAAAUCGGGUCAGGAAAUCAAAUUCAGAUGAUGUAGAGAAAGACCGCACUGUAGAAAUGUUUUUUAUUUUGUUUUGUCGCACAUCGUGAAUAUUUUCAUUGGAUGAAUGUUGUGCUGUUUCAUCUGUUUGUCCCAUUUAUAAGGGUAGUGUCACUGUGAAACCAGAGAAUACGUAAAAUAGUUUACGUUUUUUGUGUUGUCAAGUGACUGUGGUGGGCUAGUAUCAUGUGGAAAGUUUCAGAUGUGUGACAUUUCCCUAGAUAGUAUUUAUCAGCCUUGUUCAUUUAAUUACUUGACACUUAAUAAGAGUGAUGUGCGUAUAUACCACAGCCUCCCUCCAGUUUUCUAUGAUAUUAAGAAGGCAUAUGAUGUUCAAAUGUUGAAAUUAAUAGUAAUUUUCUUUGCAUCGAACAAACAACACUAGUCAGCUGCCUGCCAUGCUGCCUCAGAGUAUAGAUAAAAUAGUGAAUGGCUAAGCAAUAUGUUCUUCUCUAAAAAUUAAUAUCAUGUUAUGAUGCUUUAAUAAUGGAAAAACUGUGAGUCUUCAGUUACUUUUUCAAGACUAACCACUGCAAACAAAAAAGUACAAAGGCACUAAUGCAUAAUUUUCCCUUGGUAUUUCAGUGCAGAAAAUUUGCAAAAAAUAAUGUUAAGUCUUAAAGUAGCCACUUAUUAUUGAUGCAGGUGAAUCAGCAGUCUAGCUUUAAUAAAUAAGAUAGACAAUGGUUCAUCUGCCUAGUGCCCAUCUGUUCAAGUGCUAUUCCAUUUUUAAUUAAUGAGGUGGAGAAAGGCUUUUUGUAGGCUUCUUUUUAUACUUUACAGAUUCUGUGGAAGACAUUAGU